AUAUUUGUGAACACGUGCAUUUGAGCGUUUUCUGUGUGGUUGCGUCUAUUUUUUAAAAGACUAAACUUACAUAAUUCAGUUUUUUGACGGUAUGUCAUUCUUUUCAUACUUGAUAUAAACUACACAUUCGCUUCAUUGUCUUAGAAACUGCCAUUUCACGUGGGACAGCUUUAUUGUCAACAGGCUCGUGCCUGCAUUUUAAAUGACUAAAGGCUCUUUGUUUUAAUUGUACUUUUGAUAUUAGCCACUGAGAAGCACUGAUUAUCAAACGUAUUCAGCAGGAGAUCGGUGAAGUUUGUGCGGCGAUUAAUAGCAUGGGUUCAGCGGUGGACUUCAGGACUCACGUUGAUCAGUCGUGUCGAUACUCAGAGGAAUUCGUCAAUAUUUAUUAUGACUGCAUGGACAAGAAAAGACGGAAUUUGAUAAGGCUAUAUCUGGAUAAAGCAACGCUGGUGUGGAAUGGCAAUGCUGUCACAGGUCUAGAUGCUCUCAGUGAUUUCUUUGAGUCCCUCCCCUCCAGUGAAUUUCAAGUGCACACUCUUGACUGUCAGCCUGUACAUGAACAAGCAACUCAAGGCCAAACCACUUUGUUGGUGGUUACAGCGGGCUCGGUGAAGUUUGAUGGAAACAAACAGAGAUACUUCAACCAGAAUUUCUUAUUAACUGCCCAAGCCUCCCCUAACAGUGACCAGCCAGUAUGGAAGAUUGCAAGUGACUGUUUCCGCUUUCAGGAUUGGGCAAACUGAAUUAUAUCUCCAAUCUUUUGUUGUUUUUUUUUUUUUUUUUGUACACAAAAACCUUGUUUUAUGUAUGCACAUUAAAUUAUGGCAACUAUUUCUAAUACAUAACACCACAUAUUUAGUAGAAAACAUUUACUUUUAUGCAGCAUAUUACAUACAGUGACCUACAAUAAAAAUACAUAAUCAUAGAACAUUCUACAAGCAAAUUCACAAUUUUUCAAAUGCAAACAUUUUACCAUGUAGUCCUGCUUUUAGAGAACCCUGAGGGCUGGGGGGAGGAAGGGAGACAACAUUCCAUAACAAAUGAAAUAACUGCUAGAUUUGUUGAAUUAACAGAUAUAAAUAAUGGCUAAAAAUCCCUGAAAACAUAAGUGCAAAUAACAUAAAUAAAACUACACUUUUCUCCAGAGAGAAACAUUUGUUAAACCAAGAUACUACAGUGUCUGUACAAUAAAAACUUAAAUAAAAAAUAAAUUAAAAAGGGUAAAAACUAUUGAAAUGCAUAUUUGACCUAAUAAAUUACAAUAUGAAGUACAAUAUUAACGGGCAGAUAAGGGUUUGUCAAACAUUGUGGAGGGUAAAGUUAAUGUGGAUUUGAAUUUGUUUUUUUUUUUUUUUUCAAUGAUCUCAGAAAACUUAUUUUAGAACAGAGGUGAUAACAUUACCAAAUGUAUUAAAAUCUGAUGAUAUAUAUAUAUAUAUAUAAAUAAUCAGAUAAUAGAGCUUGUGACAAUAGAGCUGUUCAGCUGUGAUGUCAAUUCUUAGGCGAACUCGGAAAUGUAAUUCGCCAUGGUUCAAUAAGGAUUUACUAUGGGUUUUGAUGAUGGGGUGUUUCAACUUUUGAGUAAAAUAAGGUCUAUGGUUAACAUUACUUGAAGAUGCUUGGACGUUUUGUUCUACAACAUUAAUUACAAAUUUAUUUUUAAAAAGUCUGCAGUUCAAUGCAGCUUGAAAAUUCCUGUUUGAUAUACGAGUACAACAAAACAUCCAUAUAUUGUCAAGUAAUAUUUACCCCAGUCCUUAUAUUUCUCAUAAAUCCAAAACUAUCAUUUUUAAAAAACCAAUAGGAAAGUCCACAGGGAACCCAAGGCGAAUUCUCUUCCGAGUUUGUGGACUUCAACCUAAAGAGCUCUAUAAACAAAUCACUUUCUCCAGACAUGGUCAACACUAGAAUCAGUGAUUUAUGUCAGUAUAAAAAAUGAUGAUACGGCUGUACUACAACCAUUACCUCUGUGGCUUAAGAUGGGAAGAUAUUAUUCCUAAAAAAAUUUCCCUUCAUUUCAGUUGUCUAACAGUACAAAUCAGCAACAAACCACUUGCAAGUCAUCUCAACAAAUCCCAAGUCAUUCCAUGAGCAUAUGGAACAAAAGAACUCAGAACUAACUCCACUAGAUACAUUUUCAACAUAAAAUAAACUCAAGUGAAAUAACAGUGGUUUGUAACCAUCAAGGAGCCGCUAGCUCCUGAUGUACUGAGUGGAUGAAGCACAGGAAUUUACCACCAAUAGGGAAUCAACAUUGAAAAUAACAAACAAUCAGAAGGCACAGAAACAUCACCACUGUAUAUAUUACUUUCCUCCAAAAGGAGGCAGAGUUUCGCAGUGCAAUGACAACCUCAGCUAGCAAUUAAUUUUUCAAAUUCUUUUAAACCAUGCAAACAAACAAAAAACUUUUUUUUUUUUUACAAAGAUACAUUUUCAUACAACAACAAAAAGUGAUGGCAGUAUAUCGCUGUUCAAUGGUUGAAAUCUUUUUUUUUUUUUUUUU